CCGAGCACAUUUUCAAAAGUGUUCGAUACAAUCUGACCUUGAAAUGUCUGUAUAGUUGUAAUAGUCAGAAGAGAACACUUUACACAUUAUACACCAUCUGCACAUCACUUUGUCUUGGAACCGUCUUCUGUUGGCACAAAUGUCAGCUGGUGUGGAUUUUGUCCAGUACUUUAAAGAUAUUCCAAACUCUUUUGACGACGUGUCUUGUCCAUUGAAUCAGUUUGAAACAUUUUCCGAUAGACCUGAGCUGCAUCAAACUCUCGCUCAUGCUGAGCUCAUAGUUUGUCGGAUUCGAGCUUAUUAUAACCUCAUUCAAGAAAUUUGUAGUCAGUCGGUUAAUACUGGUGAGGCAUUUUCCUCUUCUCUCUUCAAAUUGGCUAAAUGUAUUGGUUUGGGUUUCGAUCAAAAACAGUUAUGGACCUCCAAUACAAACCUGACCAGUGAAUGGGAUCAGUCUAAUGCGGAAAAGAUACUUAAUCAUGCUGCUAACCUUAUGAAUCUAUUUGCUAAAAAAACUAGAAAGUUAGCAACAAAAAUAUCAGAUAUUGAAAACAUUUUGACAAAAAGUAAUGAUAACCUAAACAAACUGCACGAUCUUCGGUCAAACUUUCAAAGUGCUCAUGAAAACUUAGAAAGUGCUAUAAAUCGUGCCGCUUCUGCGAAUCCUGUUCGGUCCGUAGAUUUACACACAUUUGACAAUCAAGUCAAAAAAGCUCAGGAAGUCUAUCAGACCUCGGCAACACUUUAUCUAUCUCAUAUUCGUCAAAUUAUUGGACCCAACUAUAUUGUCUCAUAUUUACGACUGAUUAUUUUAGCAUUGUCUGUCCAGCAAUCUUAUUCCGAGCAAGUGAAUUCAAUAUUUAACAUUUCUAAUAAAACAAAUACUCUCACCUCUUCAAUGUUAGUUAGCGAGCUCAAGAAUCUAGUAGCUAAUAUUGAAAAGAAAUCAGCUGUCGAUGUCUCUAGUGAUACUAAAGCAGCUAAAACUUCAUUUGGCACGAAGAAAGAUACAGCAGACCUGAAUAAUUCCUUAAAUACUCGACUAGAGGGUUAUUUAUUCAAGAGGAGUGGAAAGAAAGGUUGGCGUACAUGGGUUCGUCGUUGGUUCCGUGUAAAUGAUAAUCAGUUAAUGUACUGUAAGCGCUUUCCUGGGUUAACGUCUACAGAUCUUCAGUCUGCAAGUGACGCUGUAUUGACAGAGCUUAAUCAGAAAGUGAAUAUGUCAACAUCGUCUGCCAAUCGAUUAACAAACGGACCAUCAGUCAAUACUCAACCUGAAAAUAAUUUCCUAACGCAAUUGACUAGUCAAGCUGCUCCACAGUGGAUUAUUUUGGAGAACAACCUUAGGUUUUGUACAGCUCGCGUUGUUCAACCAAAUAAACGGCUGACAACUGGAGACAAACAAAUGAAUUUAUUACAUCAUAUUACGGAUCGUCGUUUUGUCUUUGAACUAGUAUCUUCAGGGCAUAAAACAUAUUAUUUACAGGCUGGUAGUGCUGAUGAAUUAAAUCUGUGGGUGAAUACUCUGCGCUCUGGUUUCCAUGAUCUCUGCCAGACUGAUUUGCAGCGUAUCACUAACGAUUCACUUAAUUUAUCACGUUCACGUAGUCCAACACAAAUCAGCUUAGACUUUUCCAAUAGUCCUUCAGUUAGCUCCGCAUCUGGUUUCCUUACUAGUCGCACGAAUGAUCCUUGCGCACAAGCCUCUCAGUCGUCACUUCCAGACUAUGAUGCGCUAAAAAACAAGAGUGGGGUUUUAUUAUGGCGUGAACCUGAUUUAGCUGGAAAUCGUUUUUGUGCUGAUUGUGGUGAUGGAGAUGCGAAAUGGGCUAGCAUUAAUUUAGGUGUGACGCUGUGUACUCUAUGUGCUGCAGUUCACAGAAGUCUAGGUGUUCAUAUCUCUAAGGUUCGAUCACUAACUUUGGAUAACUGGCAACCGGAAUUAUUACACGUUAUGCUAAAUUUAGGCAAUAAAUUUGUGAAUGAGAUUUUUGAAGCGAAUCGGAAUAUUUAUACUGCAUCAGAGUUUCCCCGUAUAUCAACGACAACACCAUUCGAACAACGCAAAGCCUUUAUUGAAGCUAAAUGGGUUCGUUUGAAGUUUGCUCGUCUCCCAAUACCUAGUAGAGGAGCAUCUGAUUCUACAGAAGCUACCCGGUGGAUUAAACAGUUGUACGAUAAUUGGAUUCAAGCACGUGCUGAGACACGUUAUAAUUUUCCUGAACUUAUCUGUCAUCCUGUUUCGUCGUCUUCAUUGGCAUCAAUCCCAGAAUCGAAUAGCUUAGAUAAAAAAUUAAAUCGACACAAUGCAUAUCGUUAUGCUAUUCUAGAUCAAUUAAUAAAUGUCAUCAAGACUCUGUAUGAAAAGCACAAGUUGAACACAAAAAGUCGAUCGAAGACACUAUUUCACUCUGCUGAACAGAAAAAGGCUGCGGAGAAUUUAGUUUGUUUUGGUGCUCGUCUUGGUUGUCCACUUCUUAUUUUAUCCGGUCUAGCUGGAGGUGCUACUCCAGAGGUAAAAAUGAAACUUGGUGAAUCAUCUGUCAGUUAUCCGGCGUUGAUAUUAGCAUCACGCAUUGGUUCUAUAGCAGCUAGUGAAUUUCUUCUAUUAAAUGGAGCAGAUAUUGAUGUAAAAGAUGAUCAUGGUCGGACGGCACUUCAUCAUGCCUGUCGUUUUGGCCGAGUGCAUCUAGUUUGUCUGCUAUUACGACGUCGAGCCAAUCAGAUGAUUUCAGAUGAUGAUGGAAAAUUACCACUGGAUUUUGCGUUAGAAUUAGCCAAUGCUGAUAUUGUAACACUGUUGCGAUUACAACGCUUAAAUGAUACUGCCAAGAACUCUGAUAUGGCGUUGAACGAUGAAACAGUCAGCGAUGUAUUUCAUGAUUUCACGUCACGUACAUAUUACUUAAACUGUGAUGAUUAUAAUGAUGAUGGUGCAAAUGAUGACGAUGAUACAGUUCGUCUUAGUCGUGAAUUGUAUGAUCCAUCUUUCUCAAAGUAUACUACUGAUAGAGUUGUUAAAAUUCGACCAAAUUAUCAAGUGGAUUCGUCGACACUCCCCAAUACUGAUAAUAAUAAUGGCAAAAGUUCUAAUGAUGGAGUGUUAAUUAUUUCUCCUACGGUGACUAUUAAAGCUAAAAUUAGUCCAGUAUCUACUGCUGUUGAUGUUCGACGACGACGGGAUCGAAAAUAAUCAACAUAUUACUUCUUUUUUAAUUCUCUUGCCAACUGAUCAUCAAUUGGAUAUGCUUUCUAGGCGUAUUUCUUUCUUUUUCUUCUAAACACUUACUCUGUAAGAUAUAUACAUUUUAUCUUAUAGAUGCUCCAAUGUAUACUGAUAAUUUAUUUAUUUAUUUACAGUGAUUUCUUAAAAGUUAUUUUCAUUAUUAUUAUUAUUAUUAUUAUUAUUUAUUUGUUAUUAUUUUUCUUGAAUUUCAUUUGAUUACAGUGUGUUAUUUUUGUUAUCUAGGGUUUUUGUGAAACACUACCUAUAUAAUCCUAUAUACAUAAUACUUCAUUGUUCACAGGCAACAGUUAAGUGGUGCUGUUCUUCUCUGAAUGCCUAUAAAUGGUAUAAUAGGAAUUUUAUUUUAGCCUAUAAUUAUUAUGCCUUCAGCAAUUCCAUUUUGAGGAAAGAAGAAAACAACAUUUCGCUCCGACUAGAUCAUGUUUGUAUUUUCUAUAGAGUAUUCUAACACUAGUGGAUUAUGAUUACCUUGCAAGUGCCUAUUUGAUUGUACUAUUGUGUAUUUUGUUUGUUAUGACUCCCCUCUAGUUUAUACUGUGUUUCUUUUGUAGCAAUUUUGUUUUAAUUGCUUUUUCCGCAUUGUAUAUGGAAACAGAAUUUUCUAGUAUAUCUAUUUUUAUUUUAGCUAAAGUUGUGCGUCGGUGGCACAGUGGUUAGGACUCUCGCCGACCAUGCACAUGGUCCAGGGUUCGAGCCCGCACCGACGCACAUCUGAUAUCUAUGGUCGGCCUGCAAAAUUUGGGCUACCGAUAUCCAUGCUGAAAAUUCCAUACUUGUACCAAAAAUACAGUGUGGAAUCUAGCUGUAAAUCAAAAAAAAAAAAUUAUUAUUGUUAAACUUUAAGAUAGUGGCAUAAAUUUGACAUACUCCUGGA